AUUUAAAAUAAUAUAACUUUUUAGAUUUUAGAUUUUGUUGCAAAUAUGAAGUGCAAUAAAGGAAAUACUCCCAAUACAAAGCUGCUUAGUCUGCUGAGUGUUGUGUUCCUGAUCCUCCCGAUUAUAUCCCUGGUCAUCAACCCUCUGAUGUUGAUCAUCAAAAACAACCUCCGUAUAUACGAAGGCUCAUUUGUAUACAACUUGAUGGUGAACGAGUCAAAGAGUGUGACCGUUCGUGUCUACCUCUUCAACGUCACCAAUCCCGAGGAAUUCCUCUCCGGAGAAGAUGACAAGCUUCGGCUCUCAGAAGUGGGGCCUUUUACUUAUCAGGAGUACCGAUGGAUGGAAGACCCGGUGCUGGACGAGGAGGCUGGGGUAAUGGGGUUCACGCUGCGGACACGGCCCGAGUUCGUGCCAGAGGAGUCCGUCGGUGACCCCAUGGAAGUUAACGUGACUGCACCUAAUAUGAUCUCAUUAGCGGUAGCAUCUAAGGUCGGGACCUUUCCCUAUUUUACCAAAACCGGAUUCAGUAUAUUUUUAAAUUCGAUCAAAUCUAAACCAAUAAUCAACGAGCGAGCCUAUAACCUGAUGUGGGGAUACGACGAGCCACUCCUUUCUAUGGGCAGGAAACUUCUUCCAUUUGUGGAUUUCGAUUCUCUCGCGAUGUUGAAACGGUUAUUUGACCCGAGGACUAGAAUAAAAAUUGCUACUAAUAACGAAGACAAGUUUAGAAUUCUAACUGUUGAUAACUCGAGUGGUGUAUUAACCAGAGGCUAUGGAGACGAAAACAAACGUGGCAGAUGUAAUACUUACGAAGAUACUUACGAAGGCAUAGGCUUUCCCUUUGGUCUCAAGCCAGGGAGAAAGCUUCGGAUAUACAGAGAUGUUCUAUGUCGGAUAAUCGACCUGGAGUAUGUGGAUACUGAAAAUAUAGACUACGGGCCUGAAGUAAUGAGGUAUCAGUAUGCUGAUCAAGUCUACGGUAACACCGAAGCCAACGAUUGCCUCUGCCAGGCGAGCUGCAUUGAUGGCGUUACAGACAUGUCACCAUGUUUCUAUGGACUUGGUGUAGGAAUUUCUAACGCACAUUUCUUGCACGCAAACUCUAGUUUAUACGAACGAAUUGUUGGAAUGAACCCCGACGAAAAGAAACAUGGAAGUGAAUUUUUGAUUGAUACGAUAACAGGCUCCGUAUUGAAGACACGAUUUUCAUUGCAAGUGAAUAUAGUUGUAGACGAUGUUAAUUACAACAGCAAAUUCAAGCCCUUCUCAAAAAUGGUGGUGCCUUAUGCUAAUGUCAUAGUUGAGCAUCAAGCGCCAGACGAAACGAAGGAACAAUUUAAAAUUAUUCACAACAUAGCACCAAUAGUAAUUCAUUGUAUUGAAGCUAUAGUAUUUAUCAUAGGAGCCAGUAUCCUUGUGUAUUUGUUCUACUCUAAAUUCACCGAAAUAUUAUUUCCCAGACGAAAUUUCGGUUAUCAUAUGCCGAAAUCAAUCAUUCUUGAAAAAAGCGACAGUAUUUAUUUAGGAACAGACUGUAAAUUGUAGCACGCAGAUUAUCAGAAAAGGUUGUU